CAUUUCCAUCCCGGCGCGGCGGCAAACUCGUUCUUGGUUUUCCCUCCCGCCCAAAAUCGAAGGCGCCAGCGCAAAGGAGCGCCAUUUCCUCUCAGCGAUCAGAGAAGAUCGUCAAAGCAUCGAUGAGGCCGGCGGUGUUCGAAGGCGCCAGCGUGUUGUUAUCCCGGAGCUUGGUGCCGCCAGAGGCCUUUGACGCCGUCCAUGACGCUCUCCGCCUCAACGGUGCCCAAGUCUUCCUCUGCUGUGAUCCCUCUCGCAGCGCUCCUUCUGAAUUCCAUGUUAUUUCGUCCAUCGAUCAUGAGAAGUUCGAAUAUCUCAGGUCUAAGGGUUGCAAAUUGGUAGGACCACAAUGUGUACUUUCUUGUGCCAAGGAGUGCAGAACUUUACCUAACCAGGGUUACACCUGUUGCCUCGCAAUGGAUGGAGUGAAAGUUCUUGCCUCUGGAUUUGAGAAGGAUGAGAAGGUUAAGAUUGAACUGCUGGUGACUGCUAUGGGAGGAGAAUUACACACGAAACCAUCUCUAGAUAUUGACUUUGUCGUUGCAAAAAAUGUUUUGGCUACCAAAUACAAGUGGGCUUUAAACGUUCUUAAGAAACCUAUUGUCAACGUGACCUGGGUAUAUCAAUGUUGGACUGAGCAUCGCAUUGUGCCUCAAGAGCCAUUUAAAGUUCCUCCUUUUAGUGGUCUAACAGUUUGCGUCACUAAAAUACCUGCAGACGAACGGAAGGAGAUGGAAAAGUUCAUUGUGGAAAAUGGCGGCCAUUAUUCUGCUGAUCUAACCAAGAAGUGCACCCAUUUAGUUUCUGAUGCUCCUGGAGGGGAUAAAUACAUGGUUGCGAAAAGGUGGGGGCAUAUUCAUAUUGUUACUAGGAGGUGGGUUCAUCAGUCUAUUGCUAGGAAAGCUUGUCUAGAUGAGGGAUUCUACCCUGUUGUCGAAGCUCCAGUUUCCUCUAAUAAUGUGAAAACUUCUCAGAAGGAACUGGGCAACCAACUUCAAACAUCAGAGCCUAUACCGCCAACAGAGUUUGGGGAUCUAGAAACUACUUUGUCACAGAAUAUGUCAGCUACCUUGUCAGAUGCUACCAAGACUAACAGUGAGAACACAGAUGUACCUGUUAUACAGAAGAAAGUGGAAGAAAAAAUUGAUCGAUCUGUUGCUGAGGACUCUGAAACAGAAGACAAUGACCUUUAUUUGUCAAAUUGUAGGAUUUUACUUCUGGGUUUGGAUGAAAAGCAACUAUCUAAAUCAGUGACUAUGAUACGCAGAGGUGGGGGUUCACGCCACAUGUUACUGAAUGAAAAACUCACUCACAUUAUCAUUGGCAACCCUUCAGAAAUGGAAAAGAAAGAGGUGAGACGCUUGGCUGCGUGGGGUGUCAUUAAUGUUGUGAAAGCUACUUGGUUGGAGGAAUGUGAUCUAGCAAAGAGAGAGCUUCCUGUGUCAUUGAGGCAUGUUGUUUCUGAUAUGUUACCGCCCAAAGCUUCUACAUGCUCCACUUGGGAGACAGCAGCUGACUUUUGCUCCGGCAAGAAGUGUAAAAGCUUCUCUGGAACUUCUCACAUGCCAAUGAAUACAGUCUCUGAGGAUAGGACCUUUGAACGUGGAUCACUGGCGGAAAAGGAAAAAGUGAGAGAAAAUUCUGAAAAAGGUUUAAGUAGGAGUGGCCAUGCUGAGUUAGCAACUAGCUCUGAGCAGUCAAACAGGGUUUAUUCAUUGAAGAGUGCUCGUAAUGAUAAUCUUAAAAGGCUAUUUCAUUCUAGCACCAUGGGUUCCAGUAGAAAAUCAUCAAAUAUGUUCCAGGGGCAAUCCUUCUGCUUUUCAAGCUCAUUCCCAGAAGAUCGGAGACCUGAAAUUAUUGAAUGGGUCAGGGAAGGGGGAGGACAGAUAAUUGAUCACUACCAGAUGAUGAAUGCAAAUUUCAUCAUCGAGACUCAUGGUUCUUUUCAGGGUUCUCCGGUAGCAUCACAGUCAAUUGCGGUUUCCCCUCACUGGAUACGCUUCUGCUUAGAGGAUGGCCGCAUACAAGACGUUGGAAAUCAUGUUCUUUUCUCACCUUUGUGCUGUAAAGUUCCAUUUCCUGGGUUUGAACAACUCCGCUUUUGUGUCUCCCAGUAUGAAGAGAAAGAUAGGCUACUUUUAAGAAAUUUAUGUCAUACUCUUGGAGCUAAAUUCACAGAGAAACUUACUAAAAAGGUCACACAUUUGUUAUGUAAGUUCACCAGUGGCCCAAAGUAUGAAGCAGCAUGUAAGUGGGGGAUUCAUUCCGUUACAGCUGACUGGAUCACUGAAUGUAUCAAACAGGAUGCAAUGGUUUCUCUUGAACCUUUUUGGCCUAAGGCAGCUACUGCUCAGGAUAGAGAAGCAGGCUUAUGCACAGUGAGCCAAUAUCCUACACAGGCAGCUCGCAUGGUUAUUGCAAGUGUCCCGUCCCAGCGAACGAGUGAUUCCCAAGUUCCCAUAGAAUGCCAAAUUGCAGAUGCUGCAGGGGUUGCAGAUCAGAGACACUCUAUGACUUUGGUAAAAAGGCCAAGAUUAUCAGAAAAUAAUAGUAUGAAUGUCGCAUCUGGUAAAGAUAGGACGACUGAAGAUGUCAAGGAAGUAUCUAAUGCUGUACCUGAUGUUGCAGAUGCCAUUGAGGACCUAUUAGCCCAGUCAAAUAAGAUACACGACAUGAAGUCACCUGGAGGUUCUGGUUGUGAUCGAAGUACUUUCUCACCUCAACAUCCUAUUAUUAGUCAGAACAAUGCUGUUCCACACUCCAAUUUUGAGAUUGGAAGACCAUGGUUAAGCAGGGAUUCGAAGCAAGAAAAUCAACAUAAUCCUUCUGGUCAUAACAGGAACUUAGGAUCUUAUGAUACUUUCAGUGAGACUCAAACUGAAUCUCAGGUGGUUGGUUAUGAAGAAGAUUUGUCAGGCAGACAAAAGAUAAUUGAUAGAGUUCGAUCACAGAGCAUGACUAUGACUCCUGAUAAAUACACUGAACCUUAGAAUGCGUGAGUGGAGCUGCCAGUGAGAGUGAAUUUUAUUAAAUUUACUCUCUUGCUUUUGCCUUGCUAAUGCAGUGGAAAUUUUGUGAACUCACGCAACAAUGGCAAUGCUAAAUCAACACCUCAUUCAGUAAUUGGCCACCAGAAUAGAUGCAGAGAAACAACUUAGACAACUGAUAUUUUCAUGAAAUCUGCAAACUGCUGAUGGGUCAACCUUGCUUCUGUUCUCUGUAGUAAUACCAGCACCCAUGAUUCAUGAAUGUUCAGCCAAAGGUAAACUUCCUUGUUUGUAUAUCUCAUGUAUCCCAAUGUCGAGCAAUGGAAGCAAUCGAAACUCUCAUUUUGAUGAGAUCACAUGAUCUAGAGUUUCCAUGGCUAUCGUCCCUGUACCAACUAAAUGGAUCACUAAAUCUACAGGUCAGGUCCGUAUGAUGCAUGCAAUCGAUGAGGAGACCACAUCGGUACUGAUUUAUAAAUCCAUACAUGUACCAAAUGUUUUCCCUUAAUGCUUGAUUUGUUGUAACAUUUGGAUCUGCGGAUUUAAUGAUCCAAACAAUUAUAGAUAUAAUGACUAUGGACUUUCCAGAUCAGGGAAAGCCUAUUAGAUGAGUGAUUUCCACCACUAUGUCAUUUUUUUCUGUAACACUGAAACCUACAAGCUGUUUUGAAUGAGUAAUGGCGGCUAAUUUUAUUUUUA